AGAGAAUGUUGCAAUAUUAGAGGAAGAUCGUAUCACUGAAAGACCCAUGGGUAGUUCCAGUUCCAGUGUCCAGAGGACAAAGAAAAGUUAGUUCUCCCCGGUCUUGAAUAUACGAAAGUGCCGUACGCGUUCGAAAUUGGCACGGGAAAGCAAUGAAGUUGAGACUUUCGCUUUGCUUCAUCAAAGUUUCACGGUGUUGUUCACAUAAUCCUAGUACUUCCCAUUCACUAGAGGAUAACUCUUCGCGAUCCAUUCUUGAAAAUGGAGGAGGAGGUCGGGUUGGAAACCGAAGAGUUCGUCUGGCCAGAAGUUGUGCUGGACAUUCAUAAAGCUGUAGACAACAGGCAUUCGGACGGAGGGCAGGGUGAUGUCGAGAUGGCAGGCAGUUCCUCCGAAGACGGAGAUGGGGAGCCCCCGCGGACGUCGCAAGUUAUGCUUCGGCUUAUCCGUAGCUCAACUCAAAAGUGGUGUCUGACUUGUUAGAAAAACUUACGAAAAGUGUAGAAAGCAUUAACUCGCGUGCAGUCAAAAUAUUCGAGAUCUUAUAGAUACAGCCGCCUGUUUGGUGUCGCCGGUGGUUCAGGUCAACUCCGUACUAGAGAAGCGACCAUAAUGAUGAGAAAACGAUUGUGCGUGGUAAAACUUUAAGGAAAAUGCAGCGGACAUGAACCCUCCGCACAGGACCACCGUUGAAGCAGUGUACCGCUGCGAUUCCUCCGACGAGGCGUCCUCGCAGGAGCACGAGCAAGAGAGGGACGGCGUGCGGAGUCCUCGCUCUCAUAGUAGACCACUGCAAUCCUCAAACGCACCAGUUCAUUCCAAAAAGCCGACUGGCGGCUUUCUUGCAUUAUCGGCGGGUUCAGAUGAUGAGGGCACGUCAGGGCUCGACCUCUUUAGCGAGGAUGAGGAGCCCUGGUCAGAAGCUGCAGUCAAGAGGCUAAUGCAGAGAACGCGAAAGAAAAUUGAGGACACCAAUUCGCAAGGAAAAGCAGUUGCUGAGGUCUAUUCGCGCUACGCUAACGCCGCAGAGCCUGGCGUCAAUCAGUGGCCGAGUCCCCAGACAACGUGUGCAUCGUUAAGGCUAUUCCUAGUUUUGAUCUACAUUCGUAUAGACGGUAUCCAGUUUCAAAAUCAAGGAGAUAGUUGGAGGCGGGAGUUGCUUUUUCGCUGAGGAAGUAGUUGUGAGUGAUUCAGUCGUUAGGUGAGUUAGGAAGUUAGAAGGUUCUAACAUUUAGUCCGUCGUCGACUCUCGCGGGCUCUCCGCCGCAUCGAAAGAGAAGCGCGCCUGGUGUCAGCAGCACUGGCGCUACAGUGGACGUUGAGGAGCCGGAUGGAAGUGGCUCACCGGUGUGUAGUGAAGAAUUCAAGGAAGGCUGUCACGGAGGAGGUGACAGCAAGGCGGGCGCGAAGCCGGAGCAACUCUUAGAAACAUCAGGUAAUACCAAGCACAAAUUUUCUAUGCAACAAAAUAGGCACUUCAUCUGCUUUGGAAGGUCUCCUGUAGCAUGCGUAUUGACUCUCCUUCGCGUGCGGGUCUACGCACUAAAGUAUACUACUCGAGAAUAACCUCAAGAUCGUACGCUUGUAGUUGAGGCGAGCAUGACUCUUUGCAAAAUUGUGGUGCUAUGCACUGAUUUUAUGAGUGCACCGCGCCUUAGCUUGUCCUACUCCUAUGCUCUCCUCUCCUGUGCAGAUGCGGUUGACCGCGACGCUUUUCUGGCUCUUCUCGGAGGCAAUAACGCUCCAGUGGGAAGUAAUGAGCUGCCAAGCUACGAUAGUGGCAUCUUCUUAUCGUAGAACAUUUGUGCUCGGUCUUUUAGAGGCGCAUUGUGAGUACAUCAUUCAUCAUGGAGACAUAUUAAAAGCUUAUCAACAUUACAAAUUUCAUUUACACCAUUUUCUGGUGCUCCUGCUCUCUGAUGAUCCUGACCAUAUAAGUUCUGGUCUGAUGAUGUCAUUUGCUGCGAGUCAUUGUAACAUUAUUCAGAGAUCUCGAUGAAGACUGAAACUACUGCUGGCGCCGGUUUUAGUAAUGAAAUGCGAGUGAAGAAGAGUAUCAAGUGAAAACAAC